AUGUUGAACUCGGCUGGUUUCUUUUUUUUCAAGUUCGAUUCUAGGGAUGGGUUAACAAAGGUUUUGGAAGGAGGUCCUUGGUUGAUAAGAAAAGUUCCUCUAUUUAUGAAUAUAUGGUCCCCAAAGGUUAGCUUGAAGAAGGAUGGUGUGAAAACUAUUCCCUUGUGGGUUAAACUGCAUAACGUCCCAAUCUCGGUGUACACGGAUGAUGGAUUAAGCUUGUUGGCCUCGAAAUUGGGUACCCCGAAACGGCUUGAUUCUUAUACGGCUGAUAUGUGUGUGGAUAACUGGGGCAGGAGCAGUUAUGCUCGUGCAAUGAUUGAGGUGAAUGCGGAUAGUGAACUUAAAGAUUAUAUUACGCUAGCUAUUCCUAAAAUGGAUGAAGAGGGUUAUAUUAUGGAACGAGUAAAAGUUGAAUAUGAGUGGAAACCGUUACGUUGCCCCACAUGUUGCUUAUUUGGCCAUGACCACUCUUCUUGUAGCAAAAUUAUCAAGGAUAAGGCAAAGCAGGUGGUGGUAGAUGAGGAAGGGUUUGUUACUGAUCGAAAGAGAAUGGCUAAACAUGGGUUUCCACAAAAGAAGCAAAAGGCUAAGUUUGUUUACAAACCAAAGGCUAAUAAAGAUGCUCCUGGUACAUCUGGAACAAAGCCGGAGGUUCUACCUAAUAAUGGUUCCCCAGCUGUUAACGUGGCUAAUUCCUUUCAGGCAUUAGCUAAUGAUGAUGCUGAUGCCAACCCAGUAGCGGGUAAUACUUCGGGUAAUAGUUUGGCUGAGGUGAAGGGUGGAAUAAAUAACGGAACUGCAAUGCAUGAUGAGGUUAUAGAGACUGUUCCGACUGAAAUGUCGGCAUACAUGAGUAGCAAUCUUAAUGGCAGCAAAUCUGAGGGGCAAGCACUCUCGGUUCCAUGGGUUUCAAUGGGUAGUGUCGCAACAUGGAAUAUAAGGGGCUUGAAUCGUCCCCUGAAACAAAACGAAGUCCGUGUACUUAUUGCUGAAAAUCAAUUGAGUGUUUGUGCUAUUUUAGAGACGCAUGUUAAUGUCAAUAAUCUUCAUAAAGUUUGCAAGAGUGUGUUUCGUAGGUGGAGCUGGUCUUCUAAUGGGAAUUUAUGUCAGCGAGGCACAAGAAUUAUUAUGGGGUGGAAUACGGAUGAUGUUGAUCUUAUGGUCCUCUACCAAUCUGAUCAGGUUGUUCACACGCAAAUCCGGUUUAAAGCGGAGUCCAAGGUUUUCUUUUGCUCCUUUGUUUAUGCUGAAAAUAAGUAUCAAGAUCAUCGGAAGCUUUGGGAGGAUUUGUGUAGGCAUAGCAUUGUUGCUAAAAAGUGUCCUUGGGUGGUGCUUGGGGAUUUUAACACAGCCCUUAACAUGGAAGAUUGCCUUUAUGGGCCGUCUUGCCAUACUAUAGGAAUGAGAGAAUUCUUUGACUGUAUUCAAAUGGCGGAGAUUAUGGAUAUUACACACCAUGGUUGCCAUUACACCUGGAACCAGAAGCCUAAAGAGGGUAUUGGAAUUUUAAAGAAAAUUGAUCGUGUCAUGGGUAAUCUUAAGUUCUUGGAUUUAUUUCCGAAUGCUUAUGCAAUAUUCCAGCCGGCUCGUAUCUCGGACCACUCUCCGUGUGUUAUAAAGCUGCCAUCUAUUAAUCAUGCUAAACCAAAGCCUUUUAAGUUUGCAAACUUCCUAACUUCUAAACCAGAAUUCAAGCAGUUUGUUUCUACUGAAUGGGCUAAGGAUGUGCAGGGUUAUGCUAUGUUUUCAGUGGUCAAGAAAAUGAGAAACCUGAAACCUUGCUUUCGUAAACUUUUACAUCAGCAAGGUAAUCUUCAUGAUAAGGUUUCUAGGCUUCGUAGUGACCUGGAUGAGCUCCAGAAGUAG